UACUCAGGAAAUGAGCAGGUUUCAGUGGUGUGACAGAUGGCUGGUUUGCAGAAAACACGUGAUGUCUCAUACUUCCUCUAACAGUCAGACCUCGGCUCUCUGCUGUGUUUAACCUAAUGUAGGGUACAUGCAAAGAUGGCAGGGAUAAGAGCGGUAAAUCUUGAGAGUGGGGGCAAAAAAGUUUUACUCAUUCAGCCUUCCAAUACCAGCACAGAGCUAGAGAAAGCUGUACAGAUGCGCACGAAAACCGCCCACAGCUCUGAAGUCCGCCUGAGUCAGUCGAAGUCCAUGGUCCUCCAGGAGUUUGAGCCUCCUCAAAAAACAAUGCAACUGAAAAAUGAAUAUCUGAAUGUGGCCAAACUCUCCACUGAGGGAAAGAAACAAAAGAAGAGCUGGAGUUUAAUGUGGACGGUGCUGACAGCAGAUCAUCUACUGUUUUAUAAAGACAAACAAGAGACCGGUUUGACACCGAGUGGUAAGUCCGACGCAGUCCAGCUGUGUGGGACAGUUAUUGAGUGGACAAACCAGAAAUCCAGGAGGAAAAAUGUCUUCCAGGUUACAACAACCACAGGAAGUGAAUACCUAGUCCAGAAUGACUGCUAUUUAACUGCCUUAAAAUGGUACAACGCUAUCAGGAAGAAUGCCAACUCAUCUACUAAAGAGGAGAAGGGUCAGCUGCAACGAUCAAACAGCACAGAACACCUCUCCAGGUUUAGGUCCUCGUCUAGUUAUGCUUCUACCUCCCCCAGCACCAAGCAGAGAAACCCCGCCCACAGGCGCUCCAUUAAUGUGUUCAGCAGCACGAAGCUGAAGCACAGUGCCUCAGACAGCACUGACAAGAAUGGAGUGAAGAACAGACUGAAAAAGUUCAUGACCAGACGUCCAUCAAUGAAGACUUUACAAGAGAAAGGCCUGAUCAAAGAUCAAGUGUUUGGAUCCCACUUGUCGACCCUCUGUAAGCGUGAAGGAACCACUGUACCACAGUUCAUCCAGACCUGUUUGGAUGCCAUUGAAAAACGAGGUCUGGAGACUGAUGGGAUCUACAGGGUCAGUGGAAACCUGGCAACAAUUCAGAAACUCCGCUUCGUCGUUGAUCAUGAGGAAGAGUUGGAUCUGGACCACCAUCAGUGGGAGGACAUCCAUGUGGUCACUGGAGCUCUAAAGUUGUUUUUCCGAGAGCUGUCAGAACCUCUGUUCCCCUUCAGUUUCUUCCAGCCGUUUGUGGAGGCCAUCAAAAUCAAAGAUCACCAAGAAAAACUUGAUGCUGUGAGAAAGUUGGUCCAGCAGUUGCCCAGACCGAACUAUGACAUCAUGAAACUGCUCUUCUCCCACCUGCAGAGGGUUCUUCUUCAUUCCAAGAAAAACUUGAUGUCCACUCAGGGGAUUGCUAUUGUUUUUGGGCCGACUCUAAUGUGGCCGAACCUGGACGCCGGAAACGUGGCCGUAAAUAUGGUGUAUCAGAACCACAUUGUGGAGUUCAUCCUCAUCGAGAGCCAAAACAUCUUCGUCAUGGACAAGAAGUAACAUGAUGAGAGUAGAGUUACAUCAGAGAUGCUCAACUAUUCUUGUUGCUUUGGUAGCUUUUAGGGUCACAGGGCAUAAAUAAAAAUAUCCUUUUGUGUAAAAUGUAUUCCAUUGUUUUCCAUUCCGAGCACAGAUAUGUAAAGUAUAACUUGCAACUUUUUAUGAAGAUUUUAUUCCUACAAACAUUUUGUGAUAUUAUCUUAUAUUCUUCUAUUAAAUUGACUUUUAAAACAA